GAACAAGGUCAAGCCAAAACUAACCUACAAAACGACAUUUCAUCUUAGAUCAUAACAUAACAAAUGGAUAAUAAUCAUACAACAAAUUAAAUAAUUAAAGUAUUGUUAAACAAUUAAUGUUAUAUGUUUGUGGCGUGGUCAGCGGCGUUCUAUUCGAAAAACAGUGCCAUUCUGACAAUAAUGCCCGGCGAGCACUUAGAUGAGAAUCAGCAGAGAUUUCUGCUGAAUUUAGUUGACUAUUUUCAAAAGGAACUGCAGCAUGGGGGUCCCCUGCUUCCAUUAAAUUGUAUCCAAGAGCGUGUGGCAAAUGCCUUUGGCAUUUCAAUUCGCACCGUGAGUAAUUGUUUAAAAAGGACAGCAGCCAAAGCUCCACUGGCUGAGGACCCACAAUCUGAGACCCCACCUUCCAGCAGCAAGAUGAAGCGAGCUGACCGCAAGGCUACAUUUCCUUACACACCCCGGAAAAAAUGGAAAACCACCGAUUUACCGGAUCCCAUUAAAAUGCAAAUUAGGAAUGAGAUUCAUGACAUGUAUGCCACAGGAAAGCACGUAACCCUGGCUACAUUAAAUGAGCAGCUUAAACUUCGAGAUAUUGUUCACAUCAGCAAAACCAGUCUAAACAUCUUGCUGCAGGACAUCGGGUUUGCAUUUAAGAAGGAAGGCAACCGCUUGAUGUUAAUGGAACAUAGUACUGGGGACGUUUUCAGGGAAGAUAUGGACAAUUCAAAAAAAUGUGAAAAAGUUGGUUAACAACCAGGAGUUCUGCCCCAAGGAGGAGGCUGUUACACUAAUGUAAAUAGGGACGAUAGCAGGGAAAGAGUUGAUGGCCAAUGGCAGAAAAAUUGGUGAACCUAGGUUUUUGAAUAAAUGAAUACUUUUUAUACCAUCAGGAAAUUAUGUAAAAAACUAAAAGGACCAAUAAUUUCAAAAACCGCCCCGCCCAGGCUUCGCCAG